CUCUCUAACGAAGUGCUUUAAUAUUUACAUAAAUUAAUUAAAUUAAAAUGGACUCAAUUACGGAUCAGAUUCCUGAAUCUUUGACAGCUGAUUUAAGAAGGGAGGUCCGCCGUAAGAAAAUAUUGGAAUCCGCUAAAACACGACUGGAAAAACUUAAUGGUAGAGCCCAAGCACAUGAUUCAAAUACACCGGAAGUCCUGGAAUAUUCUGAUCCCGAAGUAGAGCCUAACAUUCAUGUCGGUAGUAAAGUUUAUCAAGAAGAUGCGUUUACUCCUUCGUUUUUUGCUGCAGUCAACAAUAAUUCCACAUGUCACCAAACACCAAAUAUAUUAAUAAGAAGCAGGUCUUAUAUAUUUAUAGCAGCAGUUGUAGGAUAUAUUCUAUCCCAGUAUGCAAUUAAUUGCCUUUUUGUUCCAGUUGGCUUAUGUAUCCUAGUCGAGUUAUUUUACUAUAAAGGGCAAAAUAAUAUUAAUAAUAAUAUUGUUAACGUAAUCGUGCCAAUGGCACUUUUAUUCACUGGCGCAUCGCUUGGAAGUAAAAUCAAACAGGUCAAUAGUCUUCUAUCGAUAUCACAAUCUCUAUUAAUAAAUUUAGCAGUAACCAUAUUUUGUAUAUGCUUAAGUAGUAUUUUAUUUCAAUAUAUUAGCUUAAAUCAUAUUGUUGAUAUUAAAUAAAUUGUGCUAAACAUUUGACUAUA